GCCAGAUCGUAUCCCUCUUCGAUCCAAAAUAGCAAAGCCAGCUCUCUCUGAUCUCUCUCUCUCUCUCACGCCAGAUCUCUCUUCACUUCACUCCUUAGAUCCCCGUAAAUCCCUCUUUCUUCGGAGCCAAAAAUGUCGAACAGCGAUACAAUACCCCUUCACCCCUCGUCCCAGUCCGACAUUGACGAGAUCGAGAAUCUUAUUCACGCCAGCGUCCAAUCAAGUCCCCCCACGGUUCUUCCCGCCAGACCACCCAGUCCUCCUCGAGCUUCAAUUCCCGUAUCUUCUUCCCCCUUCAUUCCUUCUAAUCUUCCACCACCACCGCCUCAACUUCCACAACAAUCCUCGAAUCAGAAGUCCCUGCCUGUGCCAGCUGCCCCUGUGGUUUUAACCUCAUCAUCUAAUGGCCGUCCGAGCAUCGCUACCGAUGGGUUCGGCUCCACUCCUAAUACCCUUACAGAGCCGGUCUGGGAGACCGUCAAGAGGGAUUUUUCGAGGAUUGUUAGUAAUCUGAAGCUGGUUGUAUUUCCCAACCCCUUCCGUGAAGACCCUGGGAAGGCUUUGAGGGAUUGGGAUCUAUGGGGACCUUUCUUCUUUAUCGUGUUUCUAGGUCUUGCUCUAUCAUGGUCUGCUUCUGUCAAGAAAUCUGAAGUAUUCGCUGUUGCUUUUGCUUUACUCGCUGCUGGUGCUGUAAUUUUGACACUGAAUGUAUUGCUUCUGGGCGGACAUAUUAUUUUCUUCCAGAGCAUUAGUCUUCUGGGUUACUGUUUGUUCCCUCUGGACGUUGGGGCGUUAAUCUGUAUGUUGAAGGACAAUGUCAUACUGAAAGUGGUUGUGGUAUCUGUGACGCUGGCAUGGAGCUCUUGGGCUGCAUAUCCUUUCAUGAGUACCGCAGUCAAUCCAAGGAGAAAAGCCCUUGCUCUGUACCCAGUUUUUCUCAUGUAUGUAUCUGUUGGUUUCCUCAUCAUUGCCAUUGAUUAAACGCCUCAAUGCCUCUGAUGAUUACUGGCUGCCAUAUGCAACUGGUAUAUGACCCUAUAUAGGAAUUCUUUGUGUAGUGAUCAACGAAUUUUUGACAUUUUCUUCAAUUUGUUACCCCCACUUUUCUGAAGUUUUUGUUUCAUAUUUUUUGAGACAGACUUGUAAAAUAUUGCUUGGAACCGGGAAGGUAUGUGAUGGGAUAAAAACAAUGCGUAUUUGUAUAUACCAAGUUCAUGGAAGCCAAAUUAGACAGAACUGAUUCGGAUUGGGUCAGACCACACCA